UUUUCCAUUGAGCUCACUAUGAGUCAGGAAACAGUUGUAAGUAAUGUCAAAGCUCUCCUGGAUGAAUAUACCACUAUGGAUUAUGUCUUUCCGGCUAUCCUCAUUUUUGGCACUUGUACGAUGUUCUUCUUCAUUCUCUUGGUGAUUUUCGGCAAUGACAAAAUUGAAAAAAUGAAAAAGGCAAAGGCGACUUAG